AUGACUCUGAAUUGGAUCCAAGUUGAAAAUCUUUUGAUCAAGCACAAAAUUCAUCUGGGUAAAGUCUUGGUAGCUCAGUGCUGGACCAUUGUUAUUGCUACCUUAAUCAUGUCCCAUCUCGAAAAUGGCUGUUACAUCAUUAGUGCGGUAAUCGACGCUGAAAGCUUAUCCGAUACAAUUCACCUCUUCGUAAAUUUGGCGGGAAAAGGGACAGAUUUAAAUCCUUAUUUCGGUGACUAUAAGGACAUCUACGGUUUUUUCCUCAUUUUUGUCGAGUCGUUGAGUGAAGUCGCUUGGAUCUCUGGCGAUUUGAUUAUUGCUUUAAUCUCAAUCAUCUGUCGUCGCUAUUACGAAGCGCUACAAGAGAAAUUGCUUUCCGAUAACCAUCAUUCCUUCCGACAGCUGGAAGAGCUCCGGCAGUUACAACUGGCCAUUUCUACGUUGGUCCACAAAGUGGCUGAAGUUUUCUCGCCACUAAUUCUCAUAUCUGUCGGAUGCAACGUCGUUUACAUCCUUGUCUUUUUGUACUCCGGACUGGAGGCUGAUUUGUUCAGCCCAAGUUUUCUCGUCCGUCUCAUUUUCACCUAUUCUUUUAUCUACGUGGUUCUCAGACUAAUAUUCUCCGUUUUCUUGGCUAGUCGACUAAGCGAAAUGCCGGAGAAAACCAUCGACUACUUGUACAGUCUACCUUCGAUUGUUGGUUCCAACUCUGACGAUCAAAUAAACAGAGCUUUAAAGAUGAUAAUGAUUGUACAAGAAAUUCAAAGUAAUCCAAUCAGUCUUGGUGGAAGUGGAUUCUUCGUUCUCUGCAAGUCAUCUGCAUCGGCAUUAUUCAGUUUAAUCGUGACGUACGAGGUCGUCAUGCUACAACUGCCACGCUAA